AUGCCAGCUCUCAUUGCUGAUUAUACGGAAGAAGAAUGCAUGCUUCCAAUGCCUUCAUCCCAUUACCAGGAACUUUAUCAAUUGCUCUCUGAUAAAGAAGAAUGGAACUGGAAGUUCCUAAGGAUCAAAAUGAAUGAUCCAGGCACAUCAGAAGGCAAGUUGAUUGGGACGAUGCUACAUCAAACCAGAAAGACCUAUGAUAAAGUUUGCGAUGAGAAUUGGAAGAAUCGAUCCAUGAUUGAAGUGCACCAACACCAGCAUGUCAAGUUGGUUAAAAGUUCUCUUUGGAGUGGUGACUUUGGUCUUGCAACCAACAAUACUCGCAUUGUUGCGGUUCUAUUUUCCCACCUCCCCAAACCAGAGAUCAUUCAAAAAGUCAAAACAACGAUAAAACGAAUGAUAAAUUCCAAACGAUCUGCGGAGCAUUUUAUCGAGAACUUGAUUGAGGAGACACGGCAGGAGAUGGGCAUUGAGAUGCUGAAAAAACUCUCCUUUUCUCGUGAAGGCCGCUGGUUCAAGGAUCCAGAAAGACGUAUGAAGACAGUUGUGGAUGUGGUGGCUCAUCUUACAAAGAAAGACUACAAGAACCCUCGUCAUGCAUUGGACCGCCUUGUCCAAUGGCACAAGGAUAUCCCUGCAAACAACCGGGCACGACUUGAAACCUAUAAGUGGGUCCUAGAUCUUGUGAUGCCCGAGACUCCAAAGGAAGCUGAGGUUCGCCUGGACAAGGAGCGCAUAGCCAAGAAGAAGGCAGAGGCAGCCAAGAAGAAAGCUGAAAAGGUGGCACAGGCAGCACAAGGUGGAAAACGCAAGCGUGGUGAUCACGACAUGGCAGAGUCGGAAGAAGUGGAGUCUGAUACAGCUAAAAGGGCUGCAAACAAUGACUCCCAGGGUGAAGAUGCCACGGCCAAUGCUACCACAAUCACAACAACAACUACCACUGUGGUAACUCGUCCAGUUGGCACCCCAACCAUCGCAGCUCCAGCCAAACCCACACAGCCACGGCCCACAGCUGCUGCACUGGCCGCUGCUGCCCCCCCGGAGCCUGCGGCUGAAGCUGACCCAGACGAACCACAACCAAAGACGUAUGUGGACUUUGCCAAAAUCGAUAUUGUUGAUCUCACCGCCGAAGAAGACCAGAUUACUGCUACUACCAAAAAGCAUGCAGAUGCCAUAUUGCAACGAUCUCCCUUUGCAGGACCCAAUCCCAAAAAAACAGGUUCUACAACCUAUCUCAAACCUGCUGAUGAUGCUUGGAUUGCGGCCCAUGUGUACAAGUUUCAAUUGGCUAAUCAUCUGGCAACUGACUUGGCUGUGAAAUAUGGCCUCCAAGCAGGCAAAAGGAUGAAAAAGGAUUUGAGGGUUAAGCGUGCCGCAGCAGCUACCCGGAAGCUUGGGUUUCUCGGUAAACGGGAACGAGGAGACCCCCCUUUGAAAAUCGAACAUAUCAACAACAGCGUCAGCAUGUGGUUGCAUGAGUUGCAGCAACCUUCCUUUGUGCCAACCAUGGUGUUUUUGGAGUCGGUGCUAGGACAGAACUGUGUGGGAGUAGAGGCACUAAGGCUGAACUACAAAAAGGCACUCUCUGCUAUCCAAAACCGCGGAUAUGAUGACGAGGCCAAGAAGGUCCUUCAAUUGAUUAUCGAGGAAGUGACAGGGCAGACACAAAAGGCAUAG